GUGAUGUUCUUCUAGAUAUGCAGACAUUUUCUGCUGUAAGAUAGACAUGCUUUUUCUGUAAAAUGAGUUGCCGUCCCAUGGAAGCGCUUUGACUCGUGUUGCUGCCUCACAGCGAAGCACAGAUUCUACAGAAUAAUAUAGAUGGACGACACCUCAAGUCCAGAUGAUACCUAAAGUGAGCUUUAGGCUACCUUCUGGUAACGCAGCCUUGCAGAUUUGUCUGCAGAGUACACACCCUUCCCUGAUGUAAAAUUUUCCUGAUGAGCUUUGCUAUGCAAAAUAGAUUUCUCUAAGCAGAUUGCUGAUUGGUUUGCACAGAUAUGUCUGAACUGCUUUGUACUUGUUGUUCAUGCUACUUCCUUAUUGUUUUGUCUGUUUUGUUGUUAGACUUAGAACCUAUGAAAAUCUGCUGAAUGGCUGCAGUGUGCUUCCUUGUGGGUAGUGAAGAUUCAAAAUGGAUAAUAUAGAAGAACCACAGAAAAAAGUUUUCAAGGCUCGAAAAACAAUGCGAGCAAGUGAUCGCCAGCAGCUCGAUGCUGUGCACAGAGUCAAAGAGGAGCUGCUGAGAACUGACGGGAAACUGCUAAAUGGGAACCAUGAAAAUGGAGACUUGGAUCCUACUUCACCUUUGGAAAACACAGAUUGUAUUCAAGAUAGAGAAGAAGUGAAUGGCGUUGAUGGGAUUUGUUUUGAAUCUGAAGAAAGUAAAACGGAAUGGAAAGAAACACCGUGUAUCCCCACUGUUGGUGUAAAAAACAAGCAAGAAGAUUUGAAUAGUGAAACUUUGUCCCCCAGUAUAACUUCUGAUCUUGCUUCUAAAGUAACCACUGAACCAGCUUCUGGUACUCCAGCCUCUGAUAACCCAGGAUGUGAUACCCCAGCCUCCGAUAACCCAGGCUGUGGUACCCUAGCCUCCAAUAAUCCAGCCUCUGAUAACCCAGCCUCUGAUAACCCAGGCUCUGGUGAUCUGGCUGCAGGAGAUCUGACGACUAGAGAACCAGCCACUGGUGAGUCUGCCUGUGAGGAGCUCCCCUCCAGCCAUCCGUCCUCUAGCGAUCCCUCUUCCAGUGAUCCCACCUCUAGUGAUCCCUCCUGUAGUGAUCCCGUCUCUGGAGAUAUUGCUUCUGAAGAACUCGCCUCUGAUGCUCUUGCCUCUGGUGAUUCCGCCUCUGAUGAGCCAGUUUCUGGUGAGCCAGUGUCUUGUGAACCAGCUUCAAGUGAGCCAGCUUCAGAUGAAAGACUCACAGGUGCAGUGGCGUCUUGUGACCUGGCCUCUGGGGAGUCGGCUUUGGAUGAUUGUGUCACCUCUGGUGACUCGCCUUCUGAUGAUCUGCCUUCUAGUGAGGAGUCGCUUCGUACGUCUGUCUGCAGCAGACUGGCUUCUGGUGAGUUGACUCCUGGUGAGCUCACUGUGGAGUCAGCCACUGACAGUUUUAAACCAAGUUCAGUGCCAGUUUGUGAGCCAGGUCCUGACACUGACAAGACAGAGCAGAAUAGCAAAAACAAUGAUGAUUGUCCAGACAAGAAUGACGACGACGAAGACUUAGCCCAAAUUCAAAGUAAAGAUUCAUUUGAUGAGGGGAAUAAGGUGAACAGUAAUGUUGCUGAGAAGGAAGGAACUCUAGAAACACACAGUGCAAUUAUUCGUUCUGAUCAUCUACCUCCAGAAAAUACGAAGAAGGUAGAGGAAGACGCUGUUGCUGAGCCUGCUCUUGAGGAAGAGGCCAUCUCCAGCAGCAUGGAAGUUGACCAAAGUGAAAAGGACAGGCAUAAAAGUCCUGUAGAACUUGUAGACGCUGCCAGUGAGGACCCCACAGAGGAGGACAAGAAGAAUACCGUCUUAGACAACACGGAUUCUAUGGAAACAGAUGAGAUCAUCCCUAUUUUGGAAAAACUUGCACCCACUGAGGAUGAACUCAGUUGCUUUUCAAAAACUUCUCUCCUUCCAGUUGAAACAAGUCAAGACUUGGAGGAUAAAAUGGAGGGUUCUUUUGGCUCACCCUCAAAACAAGAAAGUAGUGAGAAUUUGCCAAAAGAAGCCUUUUUAGUCCUUUCUGAUGAAGAGGAUAUUUCGUGUGGAAAAGAUGAGUCUGAAGUUCUAGCACAGAAUAAGACGAGCUCUCCAGAGGGAGAAAGGAGUGAGAAGGACAGCAAAGCUCAGGAAGAGGAGCGAGUGCCCGAUGAGGAGCGGCCGCCUGGGAGAAAUGAAUUUUCCAGACGAAAACGGUCCAAGUCAGAAGACAUGGACAGUGUGCAGUCCAAACGGCGGCGAUAUAUGGAAGAAGAAUACGAGGCAGAGUUUCAAGUGAAGAUCACAGCCAAAGGAGACAUCAACCAGAAGCUUCAAAAGGUCAUACAGUGGUUGCUAGAAGAAAAACUGUGUGCCCUACAGUGUGCUGUGUUUGAUAAGACGUUGGCAGAAUUAAAAACCCGAGUGGAGAAGAUAGAGUGCAACAAGAGGCAUAAGGCAGUGCUCACCGAGUUGCAGGCCAAGAUAGCCAGAUUAACCAAACGUUUUGGAGCAGCCAAAGAUGAUCUUAAGAAAAGACAAGAAAGCCCUCCAAACCCACCCAUAUCACCAGGAAAGCCUGCCAAUGACGUCAAUAGCAAUAAUAAUGUGACCUACAGAAAUGCAGGCACAGUGCGACAGCUGCUGGAGUCCAAAAGAAAUGUUAGCGAGGGUCCACCACCGUCCUUUCAAACUCCUGUGAAUACAGUGUCUUCAGCCAGCCAUGGCCCGUCCUCAGCAGCUGUCAGUAGCCAGCCUAAAGUGCAGACCUCAGCAACCUCAGGCUCUCUGCCGGCAGCACCUCUUCUCCCUGUGCCCAGCACGGCCACAGUAGUUGCCACUACUCAGGUGCCUAGUGGGAACCCUCAGCCUACCAUCUCUCUGCAGCCCUUGCCGGUGAUUCUGCAUGUGCCCGUUGCCGUAACCUCUCAGCCUCAGCUCCUGCAAAGCCAUCCAGGGACUUUAGUGACCAAUCAACCAUCUGGCAACGUGGAAUUCAUAUCAGUACAAAGCCAACCUACAGUGAGUGGUCUUACCAAAACUCCAGUCUCCUUGCCACCUCUGCCAAACCCCACUAAACCAAACAUUCCGUCAGUGCCCAGUCCUAGUAUUCAGAGGAACUCUUCAGCCACUGCUGCACCUUUGGGAACAACACUUGCUGUACAGGCCGUCCCAACUGCACAUUCUAUUGUGCAAGCCACGAGGACUUCUCUACCCCCAGUCGGCCCAUCAGGACUCUAUAGCUCUUCAAGCAGCCGAGGCUCCAUACAGAUGAAAAUCCCAAUUCCCGCGUUUAGCACUUCCUCCUCUGCGGAACAGAGCAGCUCUGCCACCCCCCGGGCUGAAAACCAGACAAACAAGACAGUAGACUCUGCUGUUAAUAAGAAAGCAGCUGAUAGCACAUCCCAGAGUGGAAAAGCUUCUAGCAAUGACUCAAGUGGUGUCAUUGAUCUCACGAUGGACGAUGAGGACAGCGGGACUACACAAGACCCCAAGAAGCUAAAUCCUCCUUCUGCGUCUACUGUGAGUACUUCUCAGCCCAUGUCUCGACCAUUGCAGCCCAUUCUACCAGCACCACCUCUUCAGCCCUCAGGGGUGCCAACAAGUGGGCCAUCUCAGGCAACUAUCCACGUUCUGCCUACAGCUCCAACCACCGUGAAUGUAACACAUCGUCCAGUAACUCAGGUGACCACAAGACUCCCUGUACCAAGAGCUCCUGCAAACCACCAAGUGGUUUAUACCACUCUCCCAGCACCGACCACUCAGGCUCCCCUACGAGGAACUGUUAUGCAGGCUCCUGCCGUCCGCCAGGUCAAUCCGCAAAAUAGUGUUACAGUUCGAGUGCCUCAGACAACCACAUACGUUGUAAACAAUGGACUGACCCUAGGAUCCGCAGGGCCUCAGCUCACGGUGCAUCACAGGCCACCACAAGUGCACAAUGAGCCCCCACGCCCUCUGCAUCCAGCGCCCUUACCAGAAGCCCCACAGCCACAGCGCCUGCCCCCGGAAGCUGCCAACACUUCUCUGCCUCAGAAACCACACUUGAAGUUAGCGCGAGUGCAGAGUCAGAAUGGCAUUGUCCUGUCCUGGAGCGUCCUGGAAGUGGACCGGAGCUGUGCCACUGUGGACAGUUACCAUCUGUACGCCUACCACGAGGAGCCAAGUGCCACCGCGCCCUCACAGUGGAAGAAGAUCGGCGAAGUCAAAGCCCUCCCCUUGCCGAUGGCUUGUACUCUCACGCAGUUUGUGUCUGGCAGCAAGUAUUACUUUGCCGUGCGCGCCAAGGACAUUUAUGGCCGUUUUGGGCCUUUCUGUGACCCUCAGUCCACGGACGUGAUCUCUUCGUCCCAGAGCAGUUAGACCUUGGAGCUCUUUAGCUUUCACUUUUGAAGGUUUCACAUUUGGGCUUGUUUUUAAUCUUGUGCAUGAAAUUCAAUGUAAAAAUCCAUCUUGUGCAAGAUCUCCCGGACAGAUGACUGUAUACACUACGUUUGUUUAUGAACCGGAAGCAAAAUAAAUUCAGCCCAUAAAGCAAGUCUUCCCCUGAACAGUUCAAACUUUGGGGUUUUGAAAUGUAUAUUUAUUCCUUGCUUUGGUUUUGAGGCUGGGGAAUACGUAUGGGUGUUUGUGUGUUUUCUUCCUUUCUUUGAAAUUUUAAAUUUCUAGUUGUAUGUAUAUCACAGUGCGAUCUCCUGUUUUCCUCUCAAAUUUACCUCUCUUCCAGUAGGAAGUGUAUUGGUGAGCGAAUCUGAGGUGCAGAGCUGGUGUGAUUCUGCCUCGAGGGGAGGCUAAGAUCAAAGAAUCUAACUAAAACCCAAAGAAAGAAAUAAAGGAAAAUAUUCAGCUUACAGUAGAUGGAUUUGAGCAGGGGAUACUCCCUCUGUGUUUGCUUUGCUUUCUCAGUUGCUGACAAGGUGAACAGUGGCCUGCCCUCACCUGAAUUCCUAAUCUGGCUUCUCCUUUUGUGUUCGUGCCUUAACUGCAGAAGUCUACAGGCCAUGUGUCCAUUAUUGUAAAUUCCUCUUUAAGCUUUCAUUAGUUCAUUGCCACCAAAAAUCCCGCACCCUUUUAAGUGUUUUAGAAGCAAGAUGUGGACACGUGUGUGUGCUCGUUCUCCACGACGUCACUGUCCUCAACUCCACAGUUCUGACUCAUGUUUUAAGAACAUAUUUCUAUCUUUGCCCAUCAUUUAACUGCCCAUCUUAAACUGCCAUAGUGUUUAGGAACAAAUUUCCUUAAGGCUGUUUUAUCAUCCAUGUUAUAUUAGAGAAUCCGAAGGAAGUUCUGGUUCAUCUCAGCACUCAGCACUCACGGGGUGGUGUCCUUUCAAAGGCAGUUCAUGUCAGAAUUCAUGAACGACUAGAAAAGCUCGGUUUCCUCUUGAUUCUCAGGAGGUCCUUACUGCUUUAGUCUGAACUGUUUUGAUGGUGCCAAGUGGAGUUUGAUUUAAUCUGGUUUCAGUAGAGCCUAAAUGCUACCAUUGGGGUCAUUCCAUACUUGGGGUAAAUCUGCUCGCUUUACUGUUUCUCCUUCAAUACAUUAAUAGACUCAGGCUCAGCCUUACGUUUCCAAGGCAUGGCCGCUGCAGGGAGUCAGGCAGGUGCCUUCGAGACCUGAGGGGAGCACGAGCAUUAGGGACAAGUGAGGCGUUUGUGGAGGCUGAAGGCACUUUUGAGCUGUCUUCCCUUAGGGUAUUUUAAGUCCUAUUUCUACCUUCACAAGCUGCAUCAGCCAUUCACUUGUCCUGGCAUUAAAAGCAGGAGCCCUGUUCCCUCUGUGUAUUCUCUGAUGGCUUACAGAAGGAAUCGCUAUGAAAAAAGUGUGUCUGUCAUCUUUCUGAAGGAAGCCUGCAGUUGCCAAAGUGUAAAUGCUCUAACCUUCCACUCUGAGAGAAAGGAUAACCACAGCAGAAUCCUUUUCCCACAAGUUCAGCUUGGCAAGCAAUCAUGUCACUAGGACUGCCAAGAUUCACAAUCAUGGGAAACUGUUGCCAGUGUUAUGGUGAUAAGGCUUUGGGAAGGAAGAAAUGAUUUCCUAAUUGCUGUGAGCGUGUCUCUGUACUGAGGGUGUCUGUCUUACGGAUGCAGUGUUGGUCUGGUCAGCAUCAUUCCUGUUUAGUACAAAACGCAUAUUCAGAAUGUUUUUCCCUGGCUGGUCUGCUCACUGGUGAAUGAGAGUCUCUGGAUAAUAUGUUUGUUUCUAUUAAGUAAUUAUUUUGUAUUUACGAGUUCUUCUUUAAAAAGUUUUCGUAGUGUUAUAUAAUCACGUGAAAAAAGCCCAGUGGAAUUAAUGUUAUUUUAUUGUUUUGGCUUUUACUUGGGUGUUUUUUUUGUCAAAGGAAAAAAUGUCCCAAAUAAUGGCUCUCGAUGUGACUUACUUCAGAAAGUAAUUACUGUAAACUGUUUAUUCCAGAUUGGAAGAAGGUAUAGACGGAGACCGUAAUCGCGGGCCGUCUCCUCAGAUGACUGUCAUGAUGUUUUGCUUUGGGCAGCAGUCAUGUUGAGUUUCCCAAAUGUGCUCAACCUGUGAGUGGCAAAAUGUAGGUGCUGACGGGUAUCGGCUUUUUAUCUGGCUGUUGGUGAGGGAGAGUGGAGACUUUUUACUUCCUGGUGUCUUUUCUCAAAAGUAUUAUAAAUAAGCUCAGUUGUCCCCUUUCUGGGGGUUCUGGUUUGUUACAUUUUUAGCCUGACAGUACUGGUAAGUAAGUAUUGACUUACUGGGAAUCCUGGAGACUUCUGAAAUUUCUAGAUGAGGCAUCAGUCAGUAGUAACCAGUGGUAACAGCUGUGUCUGUUACUCCCAGCUUUGCACUUUGAGUACUUUUCACCUGUUUUAAGUGUGAGUAAGCCUCUGUGUUCUCGCUGAUGGCAUACAGAGACUGCAUGUUGUAGCAGUUCAUGUCACAAGCUGACUGUGUCCCUCCGUUUCUCUGGGCCCCUCUCCACGCUCGAUCUCUUUUAAAUCUGCAGAGUGCUGUGUGUACUGUGUGAUGGAUGCAGUAUGACUUUAUGAACAUAACAGAGCUUUCUGCCUUGGAAAUACUUGUUGGGAUAGCAUUUGCCUCACAGAGAGGCAUCCUUCCCCAGCUCCCACCUAUGCCAGACAAAGGAUGCCUUGAAAACACUGAGAGAAGCAAGCAUGGGAUACCAGAGGCAUCUCUUCAGAGCUCUUCCGGUGUUGGACAGGUGUUCCGGUGGCUUGCUCCAAGUGCUUUAAAUAGCCUCAGAAUUACCACUUGGUGUCGCUGUGAGGUGGUGUUGCAUUUUGCUUCCCAUGAGUCUCCCAGUACCAUAUGUGAUUUAGAAUGCUCUGUGUGGCUUCCUCUGUUGACAUCUGUGGUUUCACCCCAUAGGUCCUACAGAGAAAGCCUUCCGUCUUCUGAUUCCUCCUCAGGCCAUUUCACUAUCUCAAUAUGGUAAUUUCCCCCUUGCCUGUGACUGGGUGGACUGGUUGAUUCUCAUGGAACUAGACAUGUCCUUGUGCUGUCGAAAACAGCUCUGUAACCAUGCGCGAUUCUGUCUUCCUUAAUUAUUUUCUGGGCAAAUGGCUUUAAGAAAUAUUUAAGGGACACACAACGAUUAGAGCAAUUAUGAGGGGUUUGUUGUCGUAGGAGACUAAUUCUUAAAACUCAUCCCCUUGAGCCAGCCGAAAAGGAGGGGCUGAAGUCACGCUCUGCUCCCAUCUGCAAAUGACUUUAUCAUGUUUGAGCUUUUGUGUUUUAUAUGUAGCGAUAGCUGAGUACCUAUCAUUUAAAUAUUUAAAUGUUUCCUCUCUUUAUGUAAAUAAGGGAACUAAGCAAUCAAACACCUUCUGGGCGAUCCUAGCAGAGGACUUUAUCAACCAUUUCAAAUGUAUAUGUAACAAUGAGCCCCUGUAGGAAACUCGCAUCCCAAUGUCUGCCGAGGUUGGAAAUGUAAAUACUGAGAUGUUUCAGACCCUCUAAAGUCUGACGCCAACUGCGAGGCAGCAGGUCGGUCGCCCUAUUUUUAUUAGGUUUUGAAGGUUUUAAUUUUCAUUCUUAUCUAAAUGUACAGUAGAGUGGUGUCUGUCUGUCGACUGUAGUGGGGUUUGUCCGGCAAGCCUGAACUUUAUACUUUGAAAUAAAUGACUGGGUUUUUAACAUUC